GGCAAAAGGCGUCGCGGGACUUCUCGGGUUGGAGUCCCCCCCCCCUUCCUUGGCUGGUUUUUGGGAGACGGCCGGCUGUUUCUCGCUUCUUCCCCGAUGAGCAGCGCGGGAGACGCUCAAGGGUGCCGCCGCUGAGGGGAAAGAGAAGCGAGGCAGAGUCCCCAAAUCUUCUGCGGAGUAUGCGCGCGGGCAGCGGCAGCAGCAGACUCCCACCAUGAAAAGCAAAAUGUUGUUCCUCGCAGCAGUCCAUGCGGUAUUCUUUGCUUCCAUACAAGUCUUGGCUCAAAAAAGGGAGAGAGUGGUCUGCACCAAUGUGUACCUGGCUGACAUUGCAUUCCUGGUAGAUGGAUCCUCUAGCAUUGGCAGGGGAAAUUUCCGGAUGAUCCGAUCCUUCAUGGAAGGCCUGGUUGUUCCUUUUGUCAACGUGGUGGGUGCGAAUGGGGUACGUUAUGCAGCUGUGCAGUACAGUGAUGACCCCAGGACUGAGUUCAAAUUCUCAGACUUUCUCAAUGGAACAGAAGUGAUACAGGCUGUCCAAGAGAUAGCCUUCAAGGGCGGGAAUACCCGCACAGGAGCAGGCCUGCGUUAUGUAGCAAAUAACUUAUUUGGAGCCAAUCAGAUCCGUCUUAAUGUUCCAAAGAUCUGUAUUCUCAUUACUGAUGGAAAGUCUCAGGAUGAGGUUGAGCAGACGGCCUUAAAACUGAAGAAUCAAGGCAUCAAAGUCUUUGCAGUGGGUAUCAAAAAUGCAGACCGGAAGGAGCUUGACCGAGUGGCUUCCACACCCACGGAAGAUUAUUCCUUCUAUGUUACUGAUUUUAAAAUCCUGGCAUCCCUCCUGCCACUGGUGUCACAGAAGGUGUGUGCCAGCACAGGAGGCAUCCUCCAGACAAUAGGUGCCUACAAUGGUCCUUCCAACCUGGCUUUUGUGGAACAAGGAACAGACAUGCUAAGGAUCCGUUGGACAGCAGCUGGUGGUCCUGUAAUUGGAUAUAAAAUUCAGUAUGUACCUUUGACUGGCCUGGGCCAACAAAUCAUGUCAGAAAGGCAGGAGGUCAGUGUGGGAUCUGGUGAGACAAGCACUGUACUCCGUGGCUUGAAAAGUGGGACAGAUUACCUGGUCACUGUUAUAGCUCAGUAUGCCAACCGCAUUGGAGAAUCGGUUUCUGGCAAAGGACGGACACAGAUGCUGUCUGGAGUGACAAAUUUUCGGGUGUUAGAAACAGGACCAUUUUUCCUCAGACUAUCCUGGGCAGCUGAUCUAAAUGAAGCCCUACAAGGCUACAGGCUCACUUAUGUGGCUAGAGGUGAAACUGAAGCUGAAGAAGUGAAUCUUGAUGCCAGUUCUACUUCGUUCUUGCUCAGCAACCUUCGACCUAACACUGACUAUGUGAUAACAUUGCACCCAAUCUUCCCACAUCAUACAAUAGUGCCUGCUGUAGUUCAUAGCCGAACAAUGAAUUUGGCAGGAGUGCAACAACUAAAUACCCAGAACAUCUCCUCCCAAGGGAUGCUGGUAAUCUGGAGGGGUGUGAGUGGAGUUACUGCAUACCGUGUUACCUGGGAACUCCUCUCAGGUCAGGGUCGUCAAACAGCUAAUGUGGAUGCUAGCAAGAAUUCAUAUUUGUUAACAGGACUGCAGCCUAACACUGAUUACCUAGUAUCUGUUGCUCCACUCUAUGGACAGGUAGAAGGUCCCAAGGCCUCCAUUAGGAGGAGAACAGAAAUAGCCCAGAUUCUUAGGACUAUCGCUGUUGACCCGACAUCAAUUAAGGUUGCCUGGAAUAUCAUCCCUAAUGCUCAGGGGUAUCGUCUGGAGUGGAGAAAAGCAACAGGAGCAGAUUCUCCCAAGACUGUUUCUCUAUCCACCAAUGAGAACAGCUAUACUCUGAGUGGCCUGCAACCAAGCACGGAAUAUCAUAUCACCCUCUACACUUUAUAUGAUGGAAAAGAAGUAGCAACCCCAGUUACUAUCUCAGAGACAGGGGUGGCACCUUCAGUGGGAACUAUCUCCAACUUGAGGAUCAUCGAGACUAUAGGAAACAGAGUCCGGAUAUCAUGGCUAGGAGUCCAAGGAGCCACAGGAUAUAAGAUCGUAGUACGCAAUAUGCAAGAUGGCACUGAGAGGGUUCGACACAUCCCAGGCUCCCAGACCACAGAGGACUUAGUUGAUUUGAAAGAGAACGUCUCCUACAUGGUCCGUGUGUCAGCUCUUAUUGGCAACCGUGAGGGUAAUGCCGUUCCUCUCAACAUCCAAAUCCGACCACCGUUAGUGGGCAGUGUAUCAAACCUGCGCAUGGUGCCGGUGGGACUGGGUCGCAUUCGGCUGCUAUGGACUCCUGUUGCCAGGGCUACAGCUUAUAGACUGGUGAUUGUCAACACUCAGGAUCGUUCAGAGGAAACAAGAAGAAUUCCUGGAGACCAGAAUUUCUUUGAAUUGCAAGAUCUAAAGGAGGGUGUCACAUACUUAGUACAAAUAACUACACAGUUGGGCACCCAAGAAAGCACUCCUGCCACCCUUACUUUCCAAGUUGAACGUCAAUCUGUAGGCAGCAUCAGCAACUUAGAGGCAGCUCCAUCUGGGCCCAAUCAAUUGCGUGUUACCUGGAAUCGGGUUCCUGGGGCCACGGGCUAUAAAGUGACAUGGCGAUUGAGAGAGGGUCAAGCGAUCUCUCGACUCCUACCAGCUGAUAUAAACUCUUACACCAUUGAUGGUUUGAGACCUGGAACUGUCUAUUUCAUUGAGGUUUCAGCCUUAGUUGGUAGCAGAGAAGGGAGCUCAGCUACCACCUCAGUUACAACAGGCUUUGAUCCAGUGGGAACAGUCACCAGCCUCAGAGUCCUUGAAUCCAGGGGAAAUGUGGUACGCAUCUCUUGGAUUGGGGUCCCAGGGGCUACAGCAUAUCGAGUGGUAUGGAACCAGCGUAGUGGUGGACCUGAGAGCAGCAAACUGGUCAUGGGAAACGUUAAUUCCUUUGACUUAGAAAACCUGGAAGGAGGAGUCAGCUACACUGUAAAAGUCACAGCACUGAUUGGGAAUCGUGAAGGAAAUCCUGUGUCUAUUACUGUCACAACACCGGCAAUCCCAAUUCAACCGGUUGGAAACCUGCGUGUGACUGACUCCUCAGUAACCCAUAUUCGACUAGAAUGGAGCCCAGCACAGGGGAGCACAGGCUAUCGGCUCACCUGGCGCCCUGCAGGUGGGCCUGAGAGGAGUCAGCUGUUGCCAGCCCAUAUUAACACCUAUGUCAUUGAAGAUCUGCAGCCAGGAGGGCGCUACGACAUCCGCAUCACAAGUCUGAGUGGCAACCGGGAGAGCGAAGCUGUGGCCAUUGUUGCCACCACUGCAGCUGUGGGCCGAGUGGCCAAUUUCCAGGUGACAGAUUCUCAAAAGGAUUCUCUAACAUUGUCCUGGACUCCAGUUCCUGGGGCUUCUGGCUAUCUUCUCACAUGGAAAUCUCCAAGAGAGGGAGAAGAGGCACAAAGAACAUUGCCUGCAUCAGAAACAUCCUACCAAGUGUCUGGGUUGCAUUUUGGGGAGCAAUACGCCUUUAUGAUUCGCCCACUGUUUGGGAGCAUCUCCGGUGCUGAGGUUUCUAUUUCUCACCAGAUAGCCUGUCCAGAUGCCCAGCGUGAUGUCAUUUUUCUUGUACAUACAACUCGAGACAAAGCCUUCAAUGCAGAGGUUGUGCAGAGCUUCCUCUCCAACAUUAUAUCCAAUCUUCAUCCAGGCCCUGAAACUACCCGGGUGGGCAUUGCAAUGUACAGCUAUCGAGGCCUCCCUUUACUCCUGCUUAAUCGUUCCAAUGACUUAGCAAGUGUCCUGCAGCACAUUCGCUCACUGCGCUAUGAGGAACCUAGAGGCAAUGCCAUAGGAGCAGCCAUUAAUUUUGUGAAGAGCUACAUGCUGAGCCCCACUGCAGGGCGAAGAUCUGGCGUUCCAGGAACCUUAGUGAUAUUGGCAGAUGGGUCAUCCAGUGAUGAUGCCACUGGGCCGGCCAGGGAAAUCAAAGCUGCUGGAAUCCAGAUUCUAGCAGUGGGGAUGGAAGGAGCCGAUCGUGAACAACUGCGUCGCCUUGUAACCAGUGAAGAAUCACGUAACGUUUUCUUUGUGCGAGACUCAAACAGCCUGUCAGAGGUGGAAAUGGGGCUUGCCAGUGCCCUCUGCAGAUCAUCCAUGGUAGAUGGGUCUAGACCAGACGUCUGUACUGUGCAGUGCCCUAAGGGUGAGAAGGGUGAGCCAGGUGAGCCUGGACAGAGAGGACAAGUGGGAAAUCCUGGCCCUUCUGGAAAUCCGGGACGCAAUGGGAUCCCAGGUCCUCCAGGUCCAGUGGGACCUCGGGGUCCCCCAGGUGAUACUAUUGAGAGGCGGGGUGAAAAAGGAGAGAGGGGAUUUUCAGGAGCAGAUGGAACACCAGGGAAUCCUGGUCUUCCUGGCAGCCCAGGUUCUCCUGGUCAGCCGGGCAGCCCUGGCCUUCCUGGUCUCAGAGGAAACCAAGGGGAGCGUGGGCUAAUUGGGCCAAGAGGAGAGAAAGGUGAGCCGGGGGAGCCUGGAAUACCAUUGAAUGGAGGAAGAGGCCUUCCUGGCCUAAAGGGAGAGCCUGGCAAUCCAGGAAGCCCAGGAAUUCCAGGCCUCCGGGGUCUUGUAGGGGAUCCUGGGCUACCAGGACCUCGUGGGCCAGCAGGGCCUGCUGGCAUUUCUAUCAAGGGCGAGAAGGGCGACCGAGGUGAGCGAGGCCCUCCUGGAUCAGGAGGUGCUGGGGGUGUGGUCACAGGAGAACCUGGUAUUCCAGGUAUUCCUGGAGAUCCUGGGCCCAGGGGACCUCCUGGAACUCCUGGACAAAAAGGUGAUAAGGGAGAUGGAGAAGAAGGUUUUCCUGGACUGCCUGGACGUACUGGAGACCCUGGAGAUCGGGGCCCCAGAGGACCUCCAGGUGAACCUGGGAUCAAGGGAGACCGUGGUCUGCCUGGUGCACUUGGGCCAUCAGCAGAGAAGGGAGACCGUGGAUUGCCUGGUCCUGAAGGAGAGAAGGGAGAACAAGGUCCCUCAGGCCGUCCUGGUCCAUCUGGCAGAGAUGGCUUACAAGGACCACCUGGGCCUCGAGGAGAACAAGGAGAGAGAGGAGAGCCUGGUACACCCGGUCUGCCGGCAUCCAGCAUUUCUGGAAUCAAAGGAGAUAAGGGAGAAAGAGGCAUUAUAGGACCUGAAGGUCCACCUGGACUUAGAGGAGAUGCUGGGGACAAAGGAGAACGUGGACCUCCUGGUCUUAGUGUCACUGGCCUACCCGGCCCAAAAGGAGAACAAGGAGAAAAUGGACUCACAGGACUGGCUGGCAAAAUUGGCCCAAAGGGUGAUCCAGGAGAGCCAGGGGAGAGAGGAGAGUCAGGAAGACCAGGUCCUGCAGGACCAACCGGCCCACGAGGAAAAGAGGGUGAAAGAGGUGAUAAAGGAGAAGAAGGAAUCUCUGGUGAGCCAGGCCUAUCUGGGAAACCUGGAGAGAAAGGUCCACGGGGUCCGCCAGGCAUCAGAGGCCUUCCUGGUGAGAAGGGAGACCAGGGAGACCCAGGUGAAGAUGGGAGAAACGGCAGCCCUGGACCAUCAGGGUCAAAGGGUGAUCGAGGGAGUCCCGGAGAGCCGGGUCCUCCAGGCCAAACUGUUGGUGUGGGACCUGGAGAAGGAGGGCAAAAAGGUGAAAAGGGGGAGCCAGGAGACCCUGGAGAGGAUGGCAUGAAAGGAACAAAAGGAGAAGUUGGUUUACCUGGCCUGCCAGGAGAACGGGGAAUUGAAGGUGCCAGAGGGGUCCCUGGAGUUCGUGGUGACCCUGGAGAUCGAGGCCCAGUAGGAGAGAAGGGUGAUCGAGGUCCUCCAGGCCUGGAUGGUCGGAAUGGCUUGGAUGGAAAACCUGGACAAAUAGGUCCUUUAGGCCAAAGAGGUGAUCCAGGAAAGCAGGGUGACCCUGGUCGAGAUGGCUUGCAAGGUCAUCGUGGAGAGCAAGGUCCUCCUGGAGCAAUUGGCCCACCAGGAUCUCCAGGACUGCCUGGCAAAUCUGGUGAAGAUGGCAAACCUGGGCUGAAUGGGAAGAAUGGAGAAGAUGGGAUCCCAGGAGAAGAUGGGAGAAAGGGGGAGAAAGGUGAAUCUGGAACACCUGGCAAAGAAGGUCCUGAGGGUGUUAAAGGAGAGAGAGGAACCAGUGGGCCCCCAGGGCCUCCAGGACCAUCAGGUGUUCCUGGCGUGCCUGGACAAGUUGGUCCACCAGGCCAGAGUUUGCCCGGCCUCCCUGGAAUAUCUGGCCACAAGGGAGAAAGAGGAGAACCUGGAUUCAAAGGAGAUCAGGGGAGAAAUGGUGAACCUGGGCCACAAGGCGAACCUGGGACAGCAUCAAAUGUUGAACGUGCCCUAGAAGCACAUGGUAUUAAGAUUUCCCUGCUCCGAGAGAUCACUGGUGCUUAUGACGGCAGCUCAGAUCAGCUACUGCCUGUCCCUGACCGCCGGAGAGGACUGAAGGGUGAGAGAGGAGAUCCAGGAGAAAGAGGGCCACCAGGGAAGGAGGGUCUCAUAGGCUUCCCUGGAGAAAGAGGAGCAAAAGGAGAUAAAGGAAAUGAAGGACCACAAGGACCACCAGGACGUGCCAUCGGAGAGCAGGGGCCAAGAGGAUCACCUGGGCAGUCAGGGGAGCCUGGGAAACCUGGAAUUCCAGGGCUGCCAGGCCGGGCAGGAGAACUUGGAGAAGCAGGGAGGCCUGGAGAGAAGGGUGACAGGGGUGAGCAGGGUGCAAAAGGAGAACAGGGUAGAGAUGGCCCACCAGGACCUCCAGGCCCACCAGGACCCAAGGUAGAUUCAGCAAUAGAAGGGAGCGUCUCUGGAUUUCCUGGGGAACGUGGACCUAUAGGACCCAAGGGAAGCAAGGGAAGCCCAGGAGAAGAUGGUGUAAAGGGCUCCAGAGGCGAUAAGGGUGAAGAUGGUCAAAAAGGGGAGAGAGGUGAAGCUGGUGAAAAGGGCAGGGAUGGCACUCCAGGACUUCCAGGAGAGAGAGGCCUUCCUGGGUCAGAAGGGAAAGCGGGCUUGCCAGGUUUCCCUGGAGUUCUGGGCAGACCGGGAAAUUCAGGGGAUCCUGGAUCACCAGGCCCUCCUGGUCCUAUCGGCCCACCUGGCACUCAAGGCAUACCUGGAAUAAAGGGAGAUGUAGGAGAACCUGGGUCCAGCACACGAGGUAUGCCAGGCCCUCCAGGAAAUGUGGGAUUCCCAGGACCAACAGGAUCUUCUGGGCCUGUGGGUCCACAGGGCCCGCCAGGGUUACCAGGACAAGUGGGUGAGCCAGGGAAACCAGGUGUACCAGGAAGAGAUGGAGUGUCUGGAAAAGAAGGGGAGUCUGGACUGCCCGGGAAAAUGGGUAUUCCAGGGCCUUCAGGACCUGCUGGUCCUAAAGGGGAGCCUGGAGAUGCUGGGUCCCCAGGACAGACUAUAGUAGGGCCUCCUGGAGUGAAAGGUGAAAAGGGUGAACCAGGUGAUUUUGAUGAGGAACUUCUGGAGAAGCUAGGUCUCAAGGGUGAUCGAGGCAUACCAGGUCCUCGUGGAGAGAAAGGUAAUCUUGGAAGUUCGGGGAUACCUGGAGAUCCUGGAGAAGAUGGAGCCAAAGGAUCACCUGGGAUCAAAGGAGAAAAGGGUUCAGUUGGAAUUGGCAUCCAGGGACCUCCUGGACAGGAUGGACCUCAAGGCUUAAAGGGAGAUCCUGGUUUACCUGGCCCACCAGGCCCACCAGGUUCACCAGGUGCAGUUGGAACUCCUGGACAGCCUGGUCUGAGAGGAGAAAAUGGAAUGACUGGCCAACCUGGACCUCCAGGAGAGAGGGGUUUGAUUGGCUUCCCAGGGAGAGAUGGUACUGCAGGGUCACCAGGACCUCCAGGACCUCCAGGGUCACCAGGUACUUCAGGCACUCCAGGAGUAAAGGGUGACAAGGGGGACAUAGGUAUUGGACAACCAGGACCUAGAGGAGAACGAGGAGAUCCUGGAACUCGGGGUGAAGAUGGGCGCCCAGGUCUGGAGGGAGAUCGAGGGCCUGCUGGCCCUCCUGGAAACAGAGGGGAGAGAGGUGACAAAGGCGACAUUGGGCUUAUGGGGCUGAAAGGAGACAAAGGAGAUACUGUCAUUGUGGAAGGCCCAGCAGGUCUCCGAGGGAACAAAGGAGAACCAGGAGAACGUGGCCUAAAAGGAAUGGAAGGGGAGAAGGGUGACAAAGGAGAUCACGGAAUCAUUGGAGAGAAGGGAGUAAAGGGUGAACAAGGUGAGAAAGGAUCCACAGGCUUCCCCGGUGCACGAGGACCCAGUGGGCAAAAGGGAGAAAUUGGUAAAUCAGGAGAACCAGGAGAGCCGGGUCAAUCUGGGAAGGAUGGUAUUCCUGGAACCAGAGGGGAGAAAGGAGAAAUGGGACCUAUUGGAAUGCGAGGCCCAAAGGGUGAUCGAGGAAUGAAAGGAGCCUGUGGCCAAGAUGGAGAUAAGGGUGAGAAGGGAGAGCCGGGAUUACCAGGCCGAAUGGGCCUUAUUGGAAAAAAGGGUGAUCCUGGAGAGAUUGGCAUGCCUGGGAUACCAGGAAUCCCUGGGAAGGAAGGCCUCAUUGGUCCAAAGGGUGACAGAGGAUUUGACGGCCAGAAAGGAUCCAGAGGCGAUCAGGGAAAAAAGGGGGAAAGGGGUACUCCAGGGAUUAUAGGUUCCCCAGGACCUGUGGGAAAUGAUGGACCCCCUGGGCCUCCUGGUCCACCUGGCAACAUUGGCCCCAAAGGUCCAGAAGGAAUUCAAGGGCAGAAAGGUGAAAGAGGCCCUGCUGGUGAGAGAGUUGUAGGAGCUCCAGGACCACCAGGCAUAACUGGAGAAAGAGGAGAACAGGGAAGUCCAGGACUUGAUGGCUUAAGAGGAGAAAAAGGAGUAUCUGGCAUGACGGAAGAAGAAGUCCGCCAAUUUGUCAGGCAAGAGAUGAGUCAACAUUGUGCUUGUGGAAGCCAGUUCUCUGUUUCUGAACGGCGUAAUCUCCCCAAUGAUCCAUCCACCCACCCAUACCCAUCUGUUAAAGGUCAAAUAAUCCCUGUGCUUAAACUGUCUCAUGCUGAGGAAGAGGAAGGGAGCCAGGAACGAAACAUAUUGAAAGCGAGCAGGCCUGAGUAUGAGUAUAUCUACACAGAGGAAGACUAUGAAGAGGGCCUGGUAGCAGACGGAACGGAGAGUCCUAUGUUGAGGGAUGCUGACCUGUGCACCUUGCCUCUGGAAGAAGGCGGAUGCAGCAAAUUAACCCUAAAAUGGUACUAUAACCAGAGAGUAUUGGAAUGUCGGCCCUUUAUCUACAGUGGCUGUGGAGGAAAUUCCAACCGCUUCAGCUCCAAAGAGGACUGUGAGCUUUACUGCAAGCCCCAGGCAGAUACAGUUAAUAGCACAGUGGAUAGAAACAAAACAGUAUAAAUGCUGAAGUGAGUUUGGAGAACUAAUGUACUGAAGAAGAGUUGCAGCCGUUUGGACUCCCUGCCAUUCUUAUCAUGCAUAAGGUCUUAGGUAUACAUCUGGCAGUGACCUGUGACUUGAGAAUCACCUUGCUGCCAUUUGUACUGCCUGCAACACAGCUGCUUGUGGGUGCAUAUGUCCAUAGGAGUGUGUGUGUAUGUACGCGUAGAUUGUUUGUGUGUGGGCUGCUUCAGCUGGAGCAGAGAAAUGGUGCUAUUCUUCUUUUUUUUUUUAAAUAGUAGCUUUGUUGCUCUUGAUUUAUUAUUUUUUUAAAUUAAGGUGCUUUUUUAAUCAAAUGGGAAAUAUAUGCAUACCAUCUAUUAUGUAUAAUGUAAAGAAGAGACAUAUUUUUUAAUUAGAGUUCUUUAACUUAUUUGAUACUGGUUAACUAAUGACGCGUGGAAUGUAUUGUGGCCUGACCAAAUUCUGAUUCUGCCUGCAACUUGCAGGGUUAUAGAUCUAUAUAUUAUUCCUCUAGGAGUAGAUUAAUAAGAAGCCAACUAGACAGUAUCACCCAGGCUAAUCCUGAGAGGCUAAAAUGUCUUUCCAGUCAUAAAAAUACAAAAGUCUUCUGAUUCACAGGCAGUGCUAGAGUUCUUUCCAUAAAUUGAUUUCAUUAUGAGCAGAAGUUAUUAAGGAACACUCCCCUAAACUUUUUUUCAUAACUUGUGACUUUUUAUUGUUAAUAAAUAAAGUUUGGGGAAUGCCAGUUUUUUUCUGAGCCUGAGAUGUCAAAAAUAAAAUUGUCACACAAUGGAAUAUCUUUUCCCAAAGCAUUUUCUUUUCCCUGCCAUCAGUUUUCCAAGGCCUUUAGAGUACUAGAAUCCCUUAAUCUCUUUCAACUCUUGAACAAAAUAAUGUCAGCUGGUUGGAUUUAGUUCUGAAUUGCUUUGUGCCCAAACUUCAUGGAUUAAAAUAGUGGCACGGCUGGCAAAAUUCAAAGUUGCAAAGAUUCAUAUAUUUUGUAUUGUGAAAAAUAACUGAAAAAUUAAAUUUGAAUAUUGAAAAAAAUUCAUUGUCCAUUUCCAGGAGCAGUAGAAGUUCAACUUUAUGACUAAGAAUUGUUGCCUGCUGUGAAUGUGCCUAAUACUUUAUUAUAUUAAUUGAAGCUAAGGUAGAUCAUCAUAUCCAUUGAUAAAGAAUGCCAUAUGCCUUAGAGAAUAUUAUUUUUAAUGUCUUUUGAAAUACUUGGAGCUCUAGGACAACUAGAGGUAUUCUAUAUAUGGCUGCACUAUAUAGUUUUAAAAAAGCAUUAUUGUUUUCCAUUUUUUUCCUUACAAUUGAACUUACUUUGAAUUGCCACUAUUUAUAGAUAGUCCUUGACUUACGACCACAAUUGAAUCCAGAAUUACUGUUAAGUGAGACAUCUGUUAAGUGAAUUUUGCCUCAUUUUACAACCUCUCUUGCCACAGUUGUUAAGUGAAUAACUGCAGUUGUUAAGUUAGUAACAUGGUUGUUAAUUGAAUCUGACUUCCCCAUUGACUUGUUUGACAGAAGGUCACAAAAGGGGAUCACAUGAUCCCAGGACACUGUGACAGUCAUAAAUAUGAGGCAGUUGCCAAGCAUCUGAAUUUUGAUCACAUGACCAUGUGGAUGUCGCAAAAGUUGUAACUGAAAAAUAUUCACGUCACUUUUUCCAGUGCCGUUGUAACUUUGAACUAUAACUAAACAAGGUGUUGUAAGUUGAGGACUACCUGUAGUUUAUUGCUUCUUUUCCCUCUUUUCAGGGCCACUUGUAGACAUUUGGUGCCCUAGGAAAAGUUCUAUUCUGGCUCCCCCUAAGGUCUGGAUCAUCUUCUGGUUGUUAGGAAUUUCAAAAGGGCACCCUCUUGCUUCUUUCUUUCUUUAGAUUUUCAAGCCCCUUAUGAUUUUCAGCCCCAGACAAUUUUUUUCUUUCCUUAGGCAUUGAUAUCUUAUUUACACUGCAGAACUAUAUUUAAUCCUCAAGCAAACACGGUGACUCACAAUGUGAGCGGUUACCACUUUUAAACUUUUUUAUUUUGUUUUUUUAGAAGUCUUUUCAAUUUUGGUGCCUCCUAAAAUUUGAUGCCUCUAGGACAAUACCUACUCAGCCUUAACCUAGAGCCACUCCUCCUUCUUUGGAAAGGCAUGAACAUGUGGAUUUUAUCUUGAAGUGACAAAGAGUGUUUCUAUGGAUUUCAGCAUAGAUUUCUGCAUAGAUUUCUGUUGUUUCAGAAAUGUUCUGUAGAACCUCAUCCACCAUCCUGAAUGUCAUCAGGACCACAUCAGAAGGGUAAUUCAUUUAGCCUCUUGCAAAACUGGUCUUUCACCUAUGGUACCUUAAAGAUUAAACAUCAGUUAUCUACUCAUCCACAUUGUUAAAAUGCAGCAAUUCUACCCCAAAUGUGGAUGAUAAGUCCAAGUAAACUACAAUAAACUAACAUGGGUCAUGUCUAUUUUCUUCUCACCAAUAAGCUUAAAAAAGCAAAAAAUGUUGGCCAAAGAGAGCAACCUUGGUGUACGUAUAUAUGGUGCUAUAGCUAUUUAUCACUGUUGUAUUUUCAAAAUAUUGAAUGUACAUAUCACUGCAGAAUUUUUCUCUGCUAUAUGUAAGAUUCUUCUAUUAAUGAUAUUAUGGUGCAAAAGUCUGAAUGUGCUAAUCAAAUAAAAGUAUACAGUACCUCA